CUGCGAAACACGUUAUCCAUGCUGGAUCAGAAUAACACUAUUUCAGUUCCACUGCGACGGCUGCAGCCUGCAGGUCCCUUCCCUCUUUCCUCUUCGUCUGCCCAACCACCACGCCUAAGGAAGCCUGCCGACGACCGACCUCUCGAGCAAGCGAUGGUAAUUGCUUGCUUCGUACGCUAUCGCUGCUGCGCUUUCGAUUGGACCAGCGCGUGGGCAAGUAAGCCGGGAUUAAGUUUGGCUCGAGCGGGUUAAUCGGAUGGAGCCUCGUGUUGGAAACAAGUUUCGUUUGGGUCGCAAGAUCGGGAGCGGCUCGUUUGGGGAGAUCUAUUUAGGUACUAAUAUCCAAACAAACGAGGAAGUCGCAAUUAAACUAGAGAACGUCAAGACUAAGCAUCCACAGCUUCUCUAUGAAUCAAAGCUGUAUAGGAUUCUACAGGGAGGAACUGGAAUCCUUAAUGUGAGAUGGUUCGGGGUUGAGGGUGAUUAUAAUGUCCUCGUGAUGGAUUUACUGGGACCAAGUCUUGAAGACUUGUUCAACUUCUGUUGCCGUAAACUCUCUUUGAAGACUGUUCUGAUGCUUGCAGACCAAAUGAUAAAUCGAGUGGAAUUUGUACAUUCAAAGUCCUUCCUUCACAGAGAUAUCAAACCAGAUAACUUUAUUAUGGGUCUUGGUAGACGAGCUUUCAAAGGCUUCAACAGAGAGCUUGAGCCGAGCGUUGCUCCUGCGUUCUUCAUCAACGGCAUCACAUCAGCAAGAUGUGCCGUCGAGACAAGUACAACGCUCGCCACCACUGAACUGACCUACAGGCGUGUGGCGGCGGCUCUCGACAUCCGCCGAUGA